GGGGAGGAUAGAAAUAUGCCUCAAGAAUGACACGUUUGUCUUGGGCAUAAAGAAGUGUGUCAUUUCCUCUUGUACCAGUUGUAUUUUACUGCCUGCAAAGCUUUUCUUUUUCUUUCCAAUAUCUCCUAGUAGUUUGGCCUCCGUAACCUUGUCUGGUAGAAUUUUCCGAUCUCGGUCACCUGAUAUCUGUCACGUGCACCCGCCCCAUGUAGUGACGUCGUUUAUGUCGUACUGGAGCUGGGAGCAGCUCCUUCAACACCUCGAACUACAACUUCACAGGGCUCGAUCGCAUUCACAACAUGGACCAAAUUUCAAACUUGGACGGGGAUUCCCCUAAGAGAACGUCAUCCCGAGGGCCGGAGCCAGAAGGUGUCGCUGACAACUCAUCGCAACCUCCCACCACCGCGGCAGCUACCUCAACUGCACCAUCAUACUCCCCCAUCUACGCUACCGCGCAACCCGACGAUAUAGCUUCUCUGCCCGUGCAAACGCCAGCGCCUGCCCCGGCAGCACCUCCAUCAGCAUACACCCCAACACCAACCAGCAUGAGCGACGCCACCAUCCCAAGCUCGAGCACCACGACCACAACCACCUCUCCCCCACCCCCACAGCCUGGAGCUCAUCCCGUCCCAGCUCCUACAAGUUCAGCUUCAGCUUCCGCUUUAGGAUCCUCCAUACCUCCACCCCCCAAAGCAGGCGAGAUCCCCAAUUCAACCGCCACAGCAGCAGGAGUACAACCACCAGCACAACCACCACAAACAACCGCAGCACCAGCGAUAACCGCAAUCACCCCAUCAACAACUAUAUCUACACCCCCUCACCAACCACAAUACCCACCACAACAACUCCCAUACAGCACCACAAUGCAACACCAAUACACCCCCCCAGACCCAGUCCCACCGGCAAUUCCCAACGCAACAACCACCCCCUAUUCCUCCCUCUACCAACCCCCGACAAGCGCCACAACAACCCUCCCCGCCACAACGACCUCGCGCCCGGCGGCGACGGCACUCUCCCAACAACACCCGCUGCACUACGACCCCGGCGUCUCAGGGCGGGUGGAUCUCGACGAGGACGGUGAGGCGGGAAGCAGCAUCGUGGCGAACGCCAAGUCGUGGCUCCGCAGUGCGGGGACCAAGUUGGCCGAGGUGGAGGCGGAGGUGUGGAAGAAGAUUAAUGAUGUGCAUGAUAAGUGAGCCUCUCCUCUUCUUUUCUAAUCAAGAAAGAAUAGUGGGGCGGGG